AUGACUAUAAAACUUUCGUCAUUCUUAUUUCUCUUUAUACUUUCGUCAUCCUCGUCAUCCUCAUCCUCUCUUUUAUACUUUCGUUAUUCUUAUCCUCUCUUUUUAUGUGACCUUUAUCAUUUUCAACCUCGAUCAAUAUCUUCAUUACUUUUAUUUCCUAUAAAUAUGGAUGACGACCAAGAUAAUGAAAUAAAUAUGAUAGGACAAUAUAAUGAAGUUCAGCCUAUUCAAACCAAUGAAAUUAAUGUGGGUGAUAAUUUUAUUUCAUGGGAAGAUGCUGAAAUAAAACUUAAUCAAUAUGCAAGGUUACUUGGAUUUUCUCUACGCCGUAAACGGGUUGAAUGUGAUAAUAAUGGAAUUUUCAAACAUUCUUUAAUUAGUCGGGCUCCCUUCGGUCGCCGGAACCUUGUAAAAAAAUUUCACAGAAUGUAG